CGCUCAUUCGCUCGCUCAUUCGUUCGUUCGCUUCUUUUUUUAUUUCACAUUAUAUCGUAGAAAGAAGACAGAUAUUUGUUAAGCGGAUAAGGCAGGAAGGAAGAAGAAAUACAGAAAGAAUAAAAUAAUAUACUAACUUCUUCGAUAACUGAAAUCUUCAAAUAGCAAAAUGUCAGUACCUAAUUUAAGCUUGGAACAUCUCGCUGAAGUAAAGGCCUUCGUCGAAUUGUGCAAGUUGGAUCCUUCGAUCUUGUGUAAACCAGAAUUUGCUUUUGUUAAAUCAUUAAUAGAGCAUUUUGGUGGUAAAGUAGAAAUUUCUGAAACAAAAAGUGAAACCAAAUGCAAGACCGAGGAAACUGAAUCUAAACCACAAGUAGAAAGCGAAGAAAGUGAUUUGGAAUUAGAUAUGACAGGAGUUAUAGAACCAGACACUGACGAGCCUCAAGAAAUGGGAAACUCUACUUUGCAACCGACGGAAGAAGAAAUUGCAGAGUCUCAAGCGAAACGUUCGGAAGCUGUUUCAGCAUUUGCAGAGAAAGAUUAUGAAAAGGCUAUACAGCUUUAUACAGAAGCUAUUAUAUUAAAUCCACAGGCAGCACUUUUAUACGCUAAACGUGGACAAAUAUAUCUACUAUUGAACAAACCUAAUGCAUGCAUUCGCGAUUGUAAUAGAGCAUUAGAAUUGAAUCCUGAUAGUGCAGCAGGUCACAAAUUUAGAGGACGAGCCUAUCACUUACUUGGAAAAUGGGAAGAAGCAGCGAAUGACUUGAGACUCGCUUGUAAAUUUGAUUUUGACGAACAAGCGGACGAAUGGCUGCGCGAAGCUACUCCAAAUGCUCGUAAGAUCGAAGAUCACAAAAGGAAGAAAGAACGUAAACUCGAAGAAAAGUUGGGACAUGCAAAAGGGGAAAAUGUAAAAGAAGAGAAGAAGGAGGAGCCUACGAAGGGAACUCCAGGUGAAAAGGAAGAUUUCCACAAUUUAUUAUGCGAUCCGGAAAUGCUCGAAGGUUUUAUGGAUCCAGAGAUAUUCGUAGCCAUUAAAGAAAUAUACGAAAAUCCAACGAGCCUUUGGAAAUAUCAUAAAAAUCCGAAAAUCGUAGCGUUCAUUGAGAAAGUAGCAAAGAAAUUUGACGAUGACACGGGUAGGCCUAAUUUAUCCAAUAUGAUGGCUGGUAUGGCAGGUUUUUCCGCAGGUUCAAACGCUCCGCAAUUUAAUGCACCAAAAUCUUCGACCCAAGCUCAACCACAAGAUGACGUUGGUCUUGACUAGAUUACGCAGUAAAGAUUGCAUAUGUAAAUUGGGGUGCCAUGGCACUUUUCUAAAUGUCGAUGCACUAGUUUCCUCGGACGGUAGAAUCUUAUCUUCGCCGUUCCAUCGAUGUAUCACCGAUGUCUGCUCUAUCGGAGCGGGAACAUCAUCGAUAUAUUCACUGAAACUAAACCCUCUUCGACGUUGUUUUGGUCGAGAAAGAUUAUCGAGGGAAUUACAAGUUUCUGCUCUGCCUGGAUCACUCAUAACUCGCCGGUGCCUUUCGUGACGACGACGACGAUGAUGAUGGUGGUAGUGGUGGUGAUGAUGACGACGAUGGAUUUUUCUUUUCGGUGGCGGCAUGGCAUAUUCCAAAUAUUGACUACACGUAGCAGGUCUGGCAACGUGGAAAAUGGGAUUUGGAUCUAAAUAAAGCCAACUAGAGCUAUCGAUAUAUGGAAUAAAAUGUCUUGAACUCAACGUUAGCGUGUUACGACAUAAUAAUCCCUUCGGGAUUUUUUCUAUCAUAUAAGAUAUUUUUUUGUCCUGAUCUUUAACGUCGACUAACAUCCCUUCGUUAUAACUCGAAUAAUCCAGACAAGGUGGAUUCUGCGAUCCUUGCAAAAGUUUCCUUGAUGAACAAACAUGGAUUGGAUCGUGACUUUUGUGCCGUCAGUUGAGCGGAUGCUCCCCCCGUGGUGUUCUAUAACACUUGUUCCAGGCUUCUAAUAAAAGUACACAACUGUGGAAUCGAUAGAAUAUCAAUAACGGUAAACCGAUUCUCGAUAGGAUGCCCCAAACAAGAACACCAAAGAAUCUUAAUUGCAACUCUUGCGAUAUCCAGUUUUGCGUGAUUACGGUAUCGAAAGCCCAUAAAACGGCAUUACUAAAUAAAAGAAAAGUGAUGACCUGACGACCUGGCUUGGCUAACAUCUGAAAUCGCGUUAUGCAGGAUCUCCUUGAUGUUUCGGCUAUUAAGGUGCUUUGAGCGAAACAUUGAAUCAAUUGCAAGAUCGAGGCCGACAGUAACAUAAUGUGCCUUCCCCGUGUCUGGAUUGCGUUUCCUUCUUCCGAUUGUCCUCCAAUUUUACUUGCGCCAAAAGAAAAUGAGGAAUCUACAUUUUCUUCUCCCUCCUCGAGCGUUUCCGCCUCGAGUAAGGCCAAGGAACAGGCGCAUACUACGAUGGUGAAAAUAGAAUAAAGUUGAACGCCAAAAAUGGCCACGUUCGAGAGGAGAUUGUCGAGGGCCGCGGGUGCCCUCGUUACUACAGGCAUUUGACGAAUUUGUAUCAAGCCGGUGGAUGUCAUCAAGCAGCUUAAUGCUAGAAUCCCAAUUAAGGUACCGCAUGUCAGCCAAGACAAUGUCACAGUCGAGAAAUGUUCAUCCUCUCUGACCACCAGGAAGAUCAGUAUAACUACGAUACCGGUUACCAUGCAGAGUAUACCGAGGAAGAGACCCUUACUAGAUCCGUCACAGCCCACUCUCGCAUGGCUCGUUAUAUCCUUAUUACCGUGAAACUUUUGUUUCUGCGGUACGCGACUUCGGCCCACAUUUUGUCCCAUUACGAAUGUUACGGCGGCCGCGAUCAAGCUAAAAAAAAAAAAGAAAAAAAAAAAAAGAAAAAAAAGAAACAAACAAA